AUGGUUGCCGUCCGAUUCUUCGCGUUGCUUGCUUCCUUGUUUAUGCUGGGAAGCAUCGUGAGUGCGUUGGAUCCGAUGAUGUCCAUGGGAUUUCCGCCCUGCGAAAUCGAAUGCAUCCGUCAAGAACUCCAUAACACCCACUGUCCCACCACAGACAUAGCCUGCCUGUGCAACGAUAAGGCCUUCUCGCGCUACGUUCAAAGCUGCGUCGUUACGAAUUGCACCGCCAUUGAUAUGCUGGUUGCCAAAAACCAUACGGAUGCUGUCUGCGGCGUGCCCAUGGUUCAGCGCGAAAGCCCCAUAGCGUGCAUCCAGGUGGCCCUCUUCAUUUUCACAACCCUUGUGAUCGUUACGCGGAUCGCCCACAAGUGCAUGAAGAUAUCGCCUUGGGGUUGGGACGAUACAACAGUCAUGGUUGCUUUCGCGGUGCUUACCCCCAUCGCCUAUAUCGCUGAUGCUGCCGAGUCUGGAAGAGAUGUGUGGUACCUUUCCCCUGACGAAAUUACUGAAGGCCUCAAAACAUUCUUCAUCGUAACCUUCUUGUACAUACUGGGCCUAGCCUUCGUCAAGGCGUCCGUCCUGUUCCUGUACCUCCGCGUCUUCCCCGAUCAACGGUUUCGGAGGGUCUUGUGGCUUACCCAAGCUUUCAACCCCAUGCUGUUACUUUCCUUCCUUACCGCCUCGCUCGCCUCCUGCAGGCCCUUGAACUAUGCCUGGGACGGAUGGACGGGCAAGACGGAGGGCCGGUGCACCAGCUCGAACCCCCCCGCCUUGGCCCACGGCGCGCUGAACUUCAUCCUGGACAUUUGGAUGCUGCUUCUUCCGGUAUUGCAGAUCUACAGACUGAACAUUCCGCGCAAGCAGAAGCUGGACGUCAUGUCCAUGUUCAGCGCGGGUAUAUUCCUUACCGCAGCCAGCGGCUAUCGGAUCAAGGUGAUUCGGCCGUUUGGGGCCUCUUUUGACCCUGAAGUCGCGUUCCAAACCGUCAUCUGGUCCGCAAUAGAGCUUGCUGUGGGGAUCUUCGUGGCCUGCCUCCCGAACAUACGCCAGUUCUGGGUAGUAGUGCUGCCGAAGAUCCUGCAGGCCACUGGCAUCUCGUCGCGGACACACGAGACCACCAGGGGCUCGACGGUCCCGGGGCAACCCCCGCGAACGACAUCAGAGAGCCGCGCGCGGCGGUCCGGCGCGGUCCAGAACGACGCGUCGUCAACUUCGAGCUUGGUGGGCGUGGACAUUCACAGGACGAAAUCCAGCCAGUCCGACUCGAUCGGCGCGACGGCGGCGCCGGGGGACGGAGUCGAGUCGACGAUGGCGGCCCACAUCUGGCGGCUCGAGGGGCAAUUGAAGUCAGGGUCUAAGGGCCCGCCUGAAGAGUUCGACCUCCAGGAAACCAAAAAAUGA